AUGGUUCGUUUGGCCCGCCGGUGGGACGGCCUCGCUGUGGUGCGGAAGAGGCUUCGUAAGGAGGGCGGGAAUUGGAUUCGAGAACCAGAUUCCAAGGAGAAGGACCCUGUUGAUGGUGGAGACUCUGAUCAGGCCGAAGACUCUGGCCCACCUCUGAACGCCGACUGCCUGAAAUACAACGACACCAUCCUGUGGGAGAUGUUUCAUUGCUGGGGCUUUAAACCAAAGCCAACAGUUGAUAAAAUUAAGGCUGAGGUGAACGCCCUCUUCGAGAUUUCCGAGCACAGGCCGCACCCCAAACAGGCCUACAAAGAUGCCUGGACGUUGAAACGCUUGUGGGGGUACGCACAGCGUCGGCAAAGAGAUGCUGGGACGCGGCUACUCUUCGCGAAGAUCAAAGAGGUUCGUGAACAACAGCAUGGUUUCGGCUGCCGUUUCAUCAAGAGUCCUGCCAGAGACCAGCUGCAGGAAGAGGGUGAGGAGCCUCACGAUCAUCCCCAUGCCCACGAAGACCGCUUGGAUGGCAAGGAGGCCGAGACCGACCCCUAUCAGAGUGGAGCCGACCUUGCGCCGUGCGAGGACUCCAACAAGUCAGCGGCGGAAGAUGAGGAUUUAGAAGUGAUGUCAUUUGUUCCAGCUCCCAAGAGCAAUAGCAAGGUUCAUGAACUGCAAAUGGAGCUCAUCAACUUGCAAAGGGAGAUUUCCAAAAGGCUAUCAAAAGGUGGUCCUCAAGCCAGCUUGGCAAAGGGAACGCCUGUCCACGUUGAGGAGGUGGAGACACAGCCCUACGACCAUUCGAUUGCGGUUGUCCCUGAUUCCCCAAACCCCAUCGCCGUCGGGAACCCGGAGAAGCGACACUACUUGGCUGGACCGAUAUUCAGCAGGACCAUGCAGGAGGCACGGGCACGGGCUAGCAAGGAGGACCCUGCGGCGCCAAGAGCCUAUGCAUUGCCCUCACACAGUGGCAGCCCACCAGAGCCCACAGAGGAGCUGCCUGAUGUUAACCCACAAAAGCAGAGGGAUCUACGUCGCGCUGCAAAGGAUGCAGCAGAAGAAAAGAAGAGUGGGAAGAAAGACAAAGAGGUCGCGAAGACCAAAAAAAAGGCAGUGAAGGAGACCAAGAAAAAGAAGGCCCAAGAAGAGAAAAGGCCACAGGCGAAGAAGAAGAAGGAGAAGAAGCAGCCGGAGCUGACUAAUGGCAAUGAAGAUGAAGAGGAGGAGGAGGAAGAGGGAGAAGAUGAAGAGGAGGAGGAGCUCCAAGAAGAUCAGGAAGUGGAGGAGGAAGAAGAGCAGCCUGCCAAGAAUGGCAAAGGGGUUGCAAAGAAGAAGAAGAAUGAGAACGUCAAAAACAAGAACGAGAAGGAAGAAGAGCGAUCAUCAAAAGUGACGAAGAAAAAGAAGGAUGAUGACAAAGAUGCAGAGCAGCCAGCCAAAGGCAAGGUUGCAAAAGGCAAGAAGAAGGAAUCGCAAAAAGCGGAUGAAGAGGAAGAAGAAGAAGAAGUGAAAGGUAAUGGCAAAACGGCUGCCAUUAAAGCAUUGAAAGAAGAAGGAAGAGGAGGAGGAGCCACCAAAGGCAGCCAAGAAGAAAAAUGA